AUGAAAGUCAAAGCCCUCUCCCGCUCCGCCGCCACCUACGCCCCCCCCGGCAGCACCUCCACCGUCCAACCCCGCAACCUCAACCCCGAGCUUCACCCCUUCGAGAAGGCCCGCGAAUACACCCGCGCCCUCAAUGCCACCAAGCUCGAGCGCAUGUUCGCCGCCCCCUUCCUCGCCCAGCUCGGCGACGGCCACAUCGACGGUGUCUACGCCCUCGCCAAGGACCCGCGCUCCCUCUCCCGCGUUGCCUCCGGCUCUGGCGACGGCGAGGUCAAGAUCUGGGACCUUGCUGACCGCUCCCAGCUGCGCAGCGUCAAGGCCCACGACGGCAUCGUGAAGGGUCUUUGCUUCACCAACCUCGCCGGCGAGAGCCAGCGCCUGCUCUCCUGCGCCAGCGACCGCACCGUAAAGCUAUGGGACCCCUACGCCACAGACGCCGGCAAUGUCCCCGUAGCAACAUACCUCGGCGCAGGCGCCUUCAACGGCGUCACCCACCACCGCACAGAGUCCACGUUCGCAACGGCCGGCAGCACGAUCGAGAUCUGGGACGCGACGCGCUCAAAACCCGUCUCGAGCAUGAACUGGGGCGUCGACACCAUCAACACCGUCAAGUUCAACCAGAGCGAGACGAGCGUGCUCGCCUCCGCGGGGACCGACCGCACGCUCAUCUUCUACGACCUGCGCACGCAGAGCCCCGUGGCCAAGGUUGUCACGGCGCUGCGCACGAACGCGAUCUGCUGGAACCCCAUGGAGCCGUUUAAUCUGGCCACGGGCAGCGAGGACCAUAACGCCUAUGUGUGGGAUAUGCGCAAGCUGGGCCGCGCGCUGAAUAUUCUCAAGGACCAUGUGGCGGCCGUCAUGGAUGUGGACUAUUCGCCGACAGGGGAGGAGCUGGUGACGGGGAGUUAUGAUAGGACGAUUAGGAUCUUCAAGACCCGGGAGGGGCACUCGAGAGACAUCUACCACACCAAGCGCAUGCAGCGCGUUUUCUCCGUCGCCUUCACCACCGACACGCGCUACAUCCUGUCGGGCAGCGACGACGGCAACAUCCGUCUCUGGCGCGCCGAGGCCUCCGCACGCUCGCAUGUGCGCUCUGCAAAGGAGCGUGUCAAGCUCGAGUAUGACGCGGCCCUCAAGGAGCGCUACAAGCACAUGCCUGAGAUUCGAAGAAUCGCCAGACACAGGCAUGUGCCGAAAACAAUCAAGAAGGCGGGCGAGAUCAAGAAAGUGGAGGAGGCGAGCAUCAAGCGGAGGGAGGAGAACGAGAGGAGGCAUAGCAAGAAGGGGAAGAUGAGGAGGGUACCGGCGAGAGAGGCUAUGAUUAUUGCGAAGGAGUAG